AGCAUCUUUUCUACCUUGAUUGUUUUGAGAGAUAACUGCUAAAAAUAAAUUUUAUCAAUUUUUAUGGCCAAGAAGAAAGAAUGUGACUUUACAAAGGACAACAGAAAAGAAUGGAGUAUAACACCCAUACUCUAAACAGAGUCAGACACUACUUGAAGAAUGCAGACAUUCAGGCAUUGGACAGAAAUGAUGAGUUACCAGAGGGUUAUUCUCGGUUCUUCACUGUUCCCAUUACUCCCAAAGAUUCCUACAAUGAGGUGUACACUGGAAUCAUCAUAGCCAAUGGAGACUAUGCAAAGAACAAAGUAGAACUCAAAAGGAUUGGAGUAACUCAUGUCGUAAAUUGUGCCAAAGGUCUGAAGUAUGGUCAGUUUGAUACAAGUCCUUCUUACUUCAAAGAUGUUGGCAUACGGUUUCUUGGAAUACAGGCUAAUGAUGUAAUCACAUUUGAUAUGUCCAAACAUUUUGAGAAAGCUGCAAACUUUAUAGAUGAGGCCCUAGCCAAAGGGGGCAAAGUGUUUGUGCACUGUAAUAAAGGUAUUAGUCGCUCGGCCUCCAUUGUCCUGGCUUUUCUAAUGAUAAAGCGAGGGAUGAAUUUUAUGACAGCCGUUAGAACUGUGAGAUCUAAGAGAGAAGUCCUGCCAAAUGAUGGAUUCCUGAAACAGCUAGCCAUACUUAAUUAUACACUGUAUGAAGCUCACAAUGAGUAUUAGAUUUUACCAUUCUCCACAUGUGUUUGAUUUUAUAGCUUUAAUUUUUGAGAAUUUUAUACAAUGAAUUUGUCAUGAAUAUUUGGUUGACCAGUCACAAACAAUUUUUUUUAUACAUACAAGUACUUUGUUUAUAUGAUCUUUAGUCAGUAGGUGAUUGAUUAUAUUUGACUGUAAUUUUUGUGACAUUUUUAAAUUUUAUUUUGUGCCAAGUGUAUUGUGCCAUAUGCACAAAUUAUCUUCUUUUUUUUAACAAUCAUUCAUUCACAGUGACUCAUAUUUGCAUACUUAAGUAACAAAGAUGGUAGGCAUUUACUCUCAAAUGUUAAUUCCUUAUGCAUGUAACUGCAUGUAGAAAUGCUAGGAAUGAAAGUUAUAACAUUAUGACCAUAUGGUUUUUGGUGCCCUUUCAUGACUAGUCUGUCCACUAACCUGUCUAUCCAUCUAUCUAUCCUACAGUGGAAGUCAAAAGUAUAUUUUAUAUUGUUCAAAAAUAUUUUUCUCUCCCUUUACUCCAUUAUACUUCAUCCACAGAGUGUUUUUGCUAAAGAAUGUCUAAUUGCUAAGUUUAAGAUAUAAGGUAUAAGAUCACAUGCAUAUAUGUGCCUAAGUAAAAUCUUUGUCUGGAGCAUAAUUUUUCUCUUAUGUUAGUCAAAU